AUGACUUCUGCAAUUGGCAGUUAUUGGUUUCAGCGAAUUAUCACUUUGAAAAAGCAGUCACGUGGAUGUCACUAUGUUACGGAUGAGAUUAGAAAAGCUUUGCCAGAAAUUGGACAACUACAAAUGGGUAUUUUACAUCUUUUUAUUCAGCAUACAUCAGCUACUCUAACAAUUAAUGAAAGUUGGGAUCCAUCUGUUACAACAGAUAUGGAAAUGGUUCUAAAUCAUCUUGUACCUGAAUCACUUAAAUACAAACACAAUUGUGAAGGUGCUGAUGACAUGCCUGCACAUGCAAAACAAGCAUUACUUGGUGGACCCAGUAUUACCAUACCUAUUACAAAUGGUCAGUUAGCCUUGGGUACUUGGCAAGGAAUAUGGCUUUGUGAACAUCGGAACUCUGGUUCUUCGCGUCAAGUAGUGGCCACAAUACAAGGAUGUCUACGAUAGUACAGUUCAAGUGAAUACUUUUUUUUCAGUCAAUUAUUUCUUGUCUCUGUUAUUCUAUUGCUUAAAUGAUUGCUCGAUUUCUUGGUUGUGAACUGUUUUGUACACAUAACAUUUGAAGUGCUUCUAAUGUAAUUCUUCGACGAUCCAUAUAUUUGGGUUUAAUAUCUUUAAAAUUUCACAUUAUCAAUGUAAAACUUCAUUUUCAGCUACCCGGUCUCUUCUCAUGUUUGCUUUAAUUCCCGUCUUUAAACCUUUUUUU